AUGGGAGGGGACGGAGGCUGUUCUCCUCCAUCAUCGCCUGUCUGCAGCAUGUGCGGCGACCGCGGCCUGCCGGAGGAGCUCUUUCGAUGCAAAACCUGCCAUGUUAGGUUUCAACACAAAUACUGCAGCAAUCUCUACCCCAAGGCUGAGGCUUAUCGCGCAUGUAACUGGUGCUUAAGAGACGUAGCGGCCGGCAAGCCCGUUGCUCCAGAGAACUGCACAGCUCAGAACACCUCCUUCUCUUCCUCCUCUAAUGGUGAUGUCGUCGGAUCAGCUACAGCAGUGAAGCUACGACGCUGCUCUUCAGUAUUGCAUCUCGACAAGCCCAUCAAAAGACAAAGGCUGCCUGAGAGGCCAUACGAAGCACGGUCACAAGCGAAGCAAGUCUUCAGAGGUAAAGUAAGGAGGUAUAAGUUGCUGGAAGAUGUCUCUAGCUGA